GGCGAGAGCAGAACCGAGGAACACGUUGUCUCAGGUUCAUGACAAUGUGUUGGCUGUCUCACAACUGAAUUACAACGCUUACUCGACUGAGAACAGACCGGAGUGACAGGACGGAGUCCACACCUUUGAGGAUUUAGCACGGAAAAAAACACCACUUUAGGAAAUAAAUUCGACGCCACGUCAGUACGUGAAUAGACGAUUUUUUUACGGAUAUGAAGCCUAAAAAGGGUAUGCAGGCCACUUCUGGCAGUGAGACAGAAGAUGAGGAUAACAUUGAUGUCCCUCUGGAUCUGUCUUCGAGUCGUGGAUCUGCAGCCAAAAGAAAACGGAGAGGAAACCUGCCUAAAGAAUCUGUACAGAUUCUUAGAGAUUGGCUUUAUGAACACCGCUAUAAUGCCUACCCUUCAGAACAGGAAAAAGCACUGCUUUCAAAACAGACUCACCUUUCCACACUUCAGGUGUGUAAUUGGUUCAUUAAUGCUCGUCGAAGGCUCUUGCCAGAGAUGCUGCGGAAGGAUGGUAAAGAUCCAAACCAGUUUACCAUUUCACGCCGUGCCAGCAAGGGGCCUGAGGGCAUGAGUGACAGCUCACACUCACCCAAACAUGACAGCUAUGAGACUGGCUCGCCUGCCUGCCCAGACAACACGACUAUUGACACCAGUUACCCCAGAAAAAACGCAUCGCCCACUCUGGCCCGUCCCUCUGUCAUUUGCCACACUACCAUCACAGCUAUAGGCACGAACAUUGAAGGGACCACAGAGUUGGCAGUCUUCAGCUGCCCAUCAGGCACAGGACUAGGCACAGAAUUCAACACUCCACCACCUACACCACCUGACCUAACAGCACAGGACUUCAGUGGCUUCCAGCUGCUUGUGGACGUGGCAUUGAAGAGAGCUGCAGAGAUGGAGCUGCAAGCGAAACGAGUGCUCGCUUAAAUACUGGAAGUGGAGGAAUAGAUGGAGGAUUGCUGUUUCCUUAACUUUCAUUCCUGGCCUUAACCCCUUUGAAGCGUACUUUGCAGGGAGAUUGGGGAUGUGACUUGGUGACAGAAAGUGUUGAUGAAUCAUAAAGUCCUAAUCAUUUCUAUUUUUGCUAAAUAUAAAUCCAAUUGGUGCAGAUUUGUUAGUACAAUACACAAUUUAACAUGUCUUGGCAGUCCACAUCUUUUUGUAUUUCAUUGGUGUAUAUAAAUAAAUGUAUAUCUUUCUUUUUUUGCACACAGGUGACCAAAAACACAUAGACAAAGACUUUGUAGAUCUUUGAGAAAAGAGACUCGUAUCUUCAGUUCAAGUUUUCCAUUGUCAUUUUGCAGAGAUUUGGUUCUAUGAUUUUUUUUAUUAUUUUUUUUCUUUCAUUCUGCAUCAUUUUUAGAGAACAGUUUUGCAGUUUACUCUGCCUAAUUUUUUGCACAAUAUGGCAGGUCAUGUUUCUUCCUCCCUGUUUCUCUAAUGUACUGUAAUCACUACUGUUCCAGGUCAUACUUUUUUGUUUGUUUGUUUCAUUGUGUAAAGAAAAAAAUUGCUUUUUGGAA